CGUGUCAACUACUAUUUCGAUAUCAUCCAACUCCAACUGCAUGUACAAUAUAAGCUGAGUGACUUUCUUCUGCUACUUUGUUUCUCAAGUGCAGCGAGUCAGAAGCAACAACUUCUGUUAAUUUUUUAGUUCGCCAUGAAACACAAUCAUAAACUAGCAAAAACAAGUGAAGAAAGCGAAGGACAGCCUAUAAGAUGUAAAGCUGCGGUUGCAAGAAAACCAGGUGAGCCAUUGGUUAUAGAAGAGAUUAUUGUUGCCCCACCAAUGCCUCAUGAAGUUCGGAUUCGUAUUCUAUGUACUUCUCUCUGCCACAGUGAUUUCACCUUUUGGAAGAUGCAGGAAUCUCCUGGCAUUUUCCCAAGAAUUCUAGGUCAUGAGGCAGCUGGGAUUGUGGAAAGUGUAGGAAAGGAUGUAACUGAAGUUACAAAAGGAGAUGUUGUUAUUCCAAUUUUCCUACCAGAUUGUGGAGAAUGUAAAGAUUGCAAAUCAACCAAGAGCAACGUCUGUACUAAUUUCCCAUUCAAGGUUUCCCCUUGGAUGCCAAGACAUGGAAGCACUAGAUUCACUGACCUAAACGGAGAGAUCAUAUAUCAUUUCAUGUUUGUUUCAAGUUUCAGCGAGUACACUGUGGUUGACAUCGCCAAUGUAACAAAGAUUGAUCCACAAAUCCCUCCUGAUCGAGCAUGUCUUCUCAGUUGCGGCGUUUCAACAGGGGUAGGUGCUGCUUGGAGAACUGCAGGUGUGGAGCCAGGGUCUACAGUCGCUAUUUUUGGGCUGGGAUCUGUUGGAUUAGCAGUUGCAGAGGGAGCUAGACUUUGUGGAGCAACUAGGAUUAUUGGUGUCGAUGUCAUCCCUGAAAAAUUUGAAAUCGGAAAGAAGUUUGGACUUACAGAUUUUAUCCAUGCUGGAGAAAGUGGGAACAAACCUGUGAGCCAGGUUAUCCUAGAGAUGACCGACGGAGGAGCAGAUUAUUGCUUUGAAUGUGUUGGUAUGGCAUCAUUGGUGCAUGAAGCAUAUGCUUCCUGCAGAAAGGGUUGGGGUAAAACAAUUGUUGUAGGAGUGGACAAACCAGGAGCUAGGUUGAGUUUCAGUUCUAGUGAGGUUCUUCAUGAUGGGAAGAGCCUCAUGGGAUCCUUGUAUGGAGGACUCAAACCCAAAUCUCAUGUUCCGAUUCUGUUGAAGCGUUACAUGGACAAGGAACUGCAGUUGGAUGAAUUUGUGACUCAUGAAGUGGAGUUUAAGGACAUAAACAAAGCUUUUGAUUUGUUGAGUAAAGGACAGUGUCUUCGAUGUGUGAUUUGGAUGGAAACAUGAGUGCAUUAUCAUGUCACAGACAGUACUUGCUGAAAAAUUCUGAGCAGAAUCCAAAUCUUAACGAUUUACGUUUUCAUUUAUUACAUUCUUAUGUUACAAUAUUUUCCUUAAUGUUGUUCAGGAAAACAUCAACUGCGGCUAUAUUUCGCUAUGCAGAAAAUUGAAUUGUUUCUGUGAAGACCCUUGUCAUAAAUAUAAGGCAGUCUUCAUACAUGACUACUUCACCACUCCUUGGAAGAUAACAUCUUUUGUAGUUGCUGUUGUGCUACUUUUUCCUAUUCUUAUUCAAGCCACAUUCUUCAAUAAUUUUAUCAUUUGUAGUUUUUUUGAUUUAGUGUUCUGCAUGCAUUGAAUACAACAGUCGUUAUUCUUGUACUCUUAGAUUUUGAGAUGUCUCAAACUAGAUCAAAAUAUAGUUGAUGCAGCUAUUGAAUCUAAUGCAUUUGUUGUUGUUAAAUGUUUAAAUUUCAGUUCUCCUCUUGCCACAAUAGUUCAAGAUUAUAUUAUGCACUUGUUUGAGAAUGUGCUUGUUAUCCACAUUAGUAGGCACACAUUGUUAAGGCUCAUUAUUUUGUAGGGUAAGCAAAUAUGUUUGGCAUCAGAACAAGCUUGGAGAGUGUCUUAAAUCAAGCUAUUAAAUCUUUCUGUAAUGACUUUG